CUCCCGCCGUUGCCGACGUCCCAUCCCCGGGACAUGCACCACGCCGUCAUCGCAUGCCGGCCGCGGCCGUGCCCUUGUGUCUGGGAGCCGCCGCAGAACCACCUCACCGCCGCUCAUCACGCUGACGCCGCCUUCGAGCCCAUAUUGCUUUUGCACGGCGCUGCAUGAGCCUCUCCACCGUCGGACAUGAAGACUGGAAUUACUGCAGCGGUGUGAAAGAGGAUUGAUGAUGUAAUUUUCAGCAACAGAGAUAUACAAUGAAGCUGUGAGGGACCUUCUGUUCUGAGGCAUGAUGCGACACCUCUUUGACUUCUUGAUAAUCCAGAGGGGAAUACUGUAGAAAAAACUCACCGAGGAAACAUUGAAGGACAAGGUCUAUCACAUGCAUCUUCUUGCAAUGUGUGAAGGCCUGCAGCUCAAAAGGGGAUAGGCGAAAGGGAGUUCGAGGUACCAUCAAAUACUCAGGCAAUUAGAAGUUCUGUUAGACAGUAUCUAGCAAGAGGGAAUCGCGCACCCUUUUGGCAUGUGUGGUAUGUUGCGUCUGUGGUCGGUAGGUCGUCCGUGCCAGUCCACGCCACGCGCAAAAAACCGUAGUAGAGAAAACCGAUUUCCGACUCCAUGCACGCCCACAAUCCCGUGAUUACCUCCAACAACAGGACGGUUCAAAUCAGCUUCCAUCGUUGGCUUCUCCUGAAAGAUUACGCCCACAAUCUUGUGAAGACCUUGGGUAGCAAUAUUCAAAAGUACGAAGGCCAAGCUUUGGGUACAUGUUGGGUAUCUGACCAGAUCACCAGACCAACAGUCAGACAGUGGACUGCAGUUAUUUAAAGAGCCGACCACCCCAGGUCCCCAAGGCAAGGCAGCAGAGUCAGAGCAGAGAGCACCACCUCCAAUUCAAAACUUGAAACCUGCGAGAGGGAGAGAAAUGGACAGGGCGGUGCCGGUAAGGAAGCCGCACGCCUCGACCGCUGGCCUGCUCUCCUGGUCGGAGAACGGCCCGGAGACCGCCGCCGCGGCCACCCCGCCACCCUCCUCGCGCCCCAGCCUCAAGCCCGCUGGUGGGAUCACGCCCGCAAUGUUCGGCGCGCCGGUGACCGAGCAGGAGGCCGAGGAUCUGAGCAAGAGGAAAAUGUGCUCAGGCUCAAAGAUGAAGGAAAUAACUGGGAGCGGAAUAUUUGCUGCACACAGUGAAAAUGGUGAUUCUGAAACCGGUCCUGGUGCAUCAAAUCCUCCUAACAAAACUUCUGUAAGGAUGUAUCAGCAAACUUUAACUGGCAUUAGUCAGAUAUCAUUUAGUGCUGAGGGAGCUGUGUCCCCCAAGAAGCCAUCCUCGUUGCCUGAGGUUGCCAAGCAACGAGAGCUGAGUGGUACCCUGGAGAGCGAAGCUGAUGCCAAAAUAAAGAAGCUGAACUCAGAGGCAAAGAGCAAGGAGCUAAGUGGGAGUGAUAUAUUUGGCCCACCUCCUGAGAUUCCUGCUAGACCGUUAGCUGCUCGUAAUCUUGAACUAAAGGGAAAUUUGGAUUUCGCACUACCACCGCCAAGAAGCAUUCAUACAUCAGUUAAAGUUUCCAAUCCUGCCGGAGGUCCCAGCAACAUCAUGUUUGGCGAGGAGACAGAGGUCAAGUCUACAAAGAAAAUUCACAACCAGAAGUUUCAGGAGUUGACAGGCAACAACAUAUUCAAAGAAGAUGCUCCCCCUGGUUCGGCUGAGAAGUCCCUGAGCAAUGCUAAGUUGAAGGAAAUGAGUGGCAGUAACAUCUUUGCCGAUGGAAAGGCGACUUCUAGGGACUACUUUGGUGGUGUCCGAAAGCCCCCGGGUGGCGGGAGCAGCAUCGCGCUGGUCUAAACAUUUAUAGAGUUCUGUAACAUGGACUGCUGGUGUUCUCCAUCAUUCAACAGGCAUGUGAUGAUAACUUGGCUCUAGUUUGCUGUAGUUUGUAAGGGUCAGUGGAAUCUGACUUGGAAGCGUGAUGGAUUUUCUGGAGAAUUAUAUCUUUUGUUAUGCUAUUGAUGUGUUCCAUUUUACCUCUCUUGUGCUAUUACUGUUAGUGAGGGC